AUGUACUUCACCUCUACCCUAGUCGCCUUCCUUGGUCUCUCUUCCGGAGCUCUUGGUUACAAGUUCACUGCCUUCUCUGGCAGGGACUGCACAGGCGAUGCGAAGGACGUCAAUGUGUGGGACAACACCUGCCGCGACCAAAACAUUCCCGCCACUCAAUCCUUCCGUAUCCUGAACCUUGGCGGCAACCUCCAGAAGGCAGACUUCUACGACGUCGGAAACUGUGUCGGCUCUGCUCGCAAGAUCUGGUGGGCAGGUGGACGUGAAAACGCCUUCCAAGUGGGCAAGUGCAUCACUUUGGGCUACAGCGCCAGGGCUUUCGGAUCUCGAUCUGGAUGA